AUGGCGUCCAAAGACCCAACCUUCAUCCAAUUCACCCCCGCCCAAGCGCGCGCCUACGCCCAAGGCCGCGGCUCCUCCUACCCCCCACCCCUCUACGACGCCCUCCUCGCCUACCACACGGGCCCAAAGAACACCCACCGCGACAUCGGUACCGGCCCCGGCAAAGUCGUCUUCGACCUCAAGCCGCACUUCACCACCUCCAUCGGCACCGACACCUCCGCCGGCAUGAUCGAGGAGGCGCGGAAAGCUGCUUCUGCCUUGGAUUUGUCUUCGUGCACGUUCGCGCAAGCUGCCGGGGAGGAAUGCGCCGCCGACCUCCCCGACGGCGAGGGGUCCGUGGAUGUGAUCACCGCGGCCAUGAGCGCGCACUGGCUCCAACUCCCCGCCUUCUACGCCUCAGCUGCCAAAGCCUUACGGCCCGGCGGCACACUGGCGAUUUGGACGUGCACGAGUUUAUACGCGCAUCCCUCGAUGCCGAACGCGGCGCGCGUGCAAGCGGUGGUGAGCGAGUUGGAGGACGGGGCGUUGCGGGAGUAUCACAAUUCCGGCACGGCGCUUACGAGGGCUGCUUAUCAAACACUGGAUUUACCUUGGAAGGUCUCCCCAUCAGUUGAUGAAUUCGACGAGGGGAGUUUUGUGAGGCAGGAGUGGGAUAAAGGCGGUAUCCCGUCCGCGGACGGGGGCAAGGGGCCUUUUCUGCAUGAUCGGGAGGUUAGUGUGGAGGAUCUCGGACGAGGGCUGGCGAGCGCGAGUUCGGUUAUCAGAUGGAGGGAGGCGCACUCAGAGAAAGCAGGGGGUGAGAAGGAUCCGGUUGUGGUGGCGAUGAAGGGGGUGAGGGAUGCGUUGGGGGGAGGGGAGAUGAUGAGGGAUGAAGCUGUCACGGCAAUGUAUUGCGAUGAUGAGAGAGGUGAAGAUGUGCGACAUUCUUAA